AUGACACAAAGGAGUCAUAGGUUUGAGGAUGGGAGCAUUAGAUAUGUCACAUUGGGUUGUGCUUGUGGUGGGAAGGCACGAAACCGUACGACAAAUGUCGCGAGGCUGCGUCCGACAUCAAAGACAGAAUGUAAGGCACAGAUAAAUGUGAUGUUUAAAAAAGGGGUGUUGAAGGUGUCGAGUGUUAACAAUUCCCAUAAUCACGGCCUAAGUCCACAAAAGUCAAGGUUCUUUCGUUGUAAUAGAGAAGUGAGCGAGUCUGUUAAGAGAGUGCUAGAUAUAAAUGAUCAGGCUGGGAUCAGAAUGAACAAGAGUUUUGCCUCUCUUGUACAAGAAGCGGGUGGGUUUGAGAAGUUGCCAUUCACUGAAAAAGACUGUCGUAACUAUAUUGACAAGGCACGCCACCUUCGACUUGGAAAAGGUGGCGCUGGAGCUCUCAGUGAGUACUUUACUCGGAUGCAAUAUAAGAAUGACAGGUUCUUUUCACUAAUGGAUAUGGAUGAUGAAGGGCGGCUGAGGAAUGUAUUCUGGGCGGAUGCACGAAGUAGGGCGGCGUACAAAUAUUUUGGAGAUGUCGUCACAUUCGACACGACAUAUUUGACAAACAGAUAUGGGAUGCCGUUUGCACCGUUUGUUAGUGUAAACCACCAUGGCCAGUCAAUUCUAUUGGGGGCUGGAUUAAUUUCUAGUGAGGAUACAGUAACGUUUACAUGGUUAUUUCAGACUUGGUUGACUUGUAUGAAUGAGAAGCUAGGUUCACAUGGUGCAUACAAAAUUGGUUUGAAAAGCCAGUUGCUAAAUUGUGUGUAUGACUCUGACACAAUAGAAGAGUUUGAGGGCUCUUGGGAAGUGUUGAUUACGAAGUACAACUUGCAGGAUAAUGCUUGGUUGAAGAGUUUAUAUGCUGAGCGUACGUAUUGGGCACCGGUGUUCAUGAAACAAUUCGAUAAUGCAUUGAGGAAGAAGAUUGAGAGUGAAAGUGAGGCGGACUUCCAAUCAUUCAACGUCACAAUUCUCGUCGUCUCUCCCUCUCCACUUGAGAAGAUUUUUCAGGGGAUAUACACUUGCAAUAAAUUUAGAGAAGUUCAGAAAGAAGUAAUAGGGAUGCUUGCAACUCUUCCUACUCUACACCGGAAGGAUGGUGUAAUUGCGACGUACCAUGUAGAAGAUGAAGUGGAUGUUGAGGAUUUCAUCAAGGAGGUGACCCACACAGUGUACUUUAAUGAGGCCGAAUGUGAAGUGAAGUGUUCAUGUGCCUUGUUUGAGAUGAGAGGGAUACUGUGUAGACAUGUGUUAGGCAUUAUGAGAGUUAACAAAGUCUGUUCGGUUCCUGAAAAGUACAUACUAGAUCGAUGGCAGAAAGACAUCAAAAUGACAUACACUCUUAUACGAAGUAGUUAUGACUUAGUUGAUCAGAGGCCUGAAGUUAGCAGAUAUUCACGUAUCAUCAAGAAAUGCUAUGAAGUAGCCACAAAUGCAUCUUCAUGUGAUGAGCACACUAAGGAUAUGUUAGAUAAGUUAGAUGCGAUGAACUUAGGCUACCGCACCAAGACGCCGCCCUCGAAGGUUGUAACUACUGAUGCCGACACAAUGAUAGCUGUGAGUUCUAAGAAAGUAUUGAGUCCUAAUGUAGUCAAAGGAAAAGGUAGACUGCCAUCUCUUAGAAAAAAAUCAAUGAUUGAGAAAGUGAAACACACGACGAAGAAGGCUAGUCAAAAAGGAAAGCGUAAACAGCCGCAUGGAAUACAAGGCGUGGAUGUUGGAACGUGCAGGAAUUUAUUUGGACAAGCAGAUGUUGGAACAACACAAACUGUUCCAGUUCAGAUGCAAAUUGGGUUGGAUGGAACCCAGCCGGAAUUCAUGCAUGAGACACAACCGUCACAAUAA